UUGGUGGACGAGGUGUCCUGGCAACCACCACUCAAUCUUGACGAUGUUCUGAAACAAUCCAUUGCCGAGUGUGAUUUACCUUGCAAUGAAGAUGUCGGCUGUAACGAAGAUGCACCCUGCAUGCAAGGUCGAAUCAAUUUUGACGAGAUCUAUUUACGUACACCAUGUCCUAGCUCGUCAAAAGAACCUGGUACAUCGAUUAUCAACAGGGUGGCUAUUAAUAACGUAUGCAAGCGAAGAUUAGCAGAAGAAUUAUUUCAAGGUAUCCAUACAGACUCUGAGUUUAAUUUUGACCCUUGAUUACUAAAGAGAGGAUGAACAAGUCUUAUAUUGAAGAUCUAAUCAAAUACGGUUUUGAUAGUAAUGACAGUAUUGACGAUUGUUUAUCACAAUCGUCAAUAUAUGAUACAUUAAUUGACGAUAGCGUCUAUAGUGAUACUUAUUGUGACAAUGCGGACGAUGAUAAUGACAAUACAUUGUAUUAUAAUCGAGUCAAGAAUGAUGAUGAUAUUAUGAUAUUAUGAUAUUACGACUGUUGGGUCAAAUGUGGAAUUAUUCACUGUGAUUUAAAAGAAGCAAAUAUACUCAUCAAUAAAGAAACAAUGGCAAUUACCAUUUUAGAUUUCGAUUUUGCAGUAGAGUGUUCAAAACGUCUUAGGAGAACAUACGCAGGAACACCACUUUAUGCGCCACCAGAAUGGUAUAUAAAUGGUAUAUAUUACCCCGAGAGUACCGUCGUAUGGACUCUAGGCGUUAUACUCUGGAAGCUAUUGUUCAGAAAAAGCCCUUUCAAGACAACGAAAGACAUUAGGAAAUUCGAAACUUUAGAAACCAUUGACCCUUUUGAAACAGAGAAACUGUUAUAUUCUUCAAAUGUUAUUUCUUUGUUAACGUCACUCAUGAGGAAAAAAAUAAACGAAAGGCCCGGUAUAGACGUACUUCACAAGUUAGCGCUAAGUCUUUGACAAGAACAAUUGUACGUUUUGAAAUAAAGUGUUUCAAUAAUCAAAAAAAACACACACAAAAAAUAUCUUGUGGAGGGUAUUGCUCUUAAAAACGUAUGACAUUUAAUUAUUACAUUUUCUUUCGUAUUCCUUCACAUUUCUAUACAAUAUACAUAUAGACUUUUCUUUGCGUUAUUGUUAUUGUAAAGAAAAAAUAGAGUGUGUGGAGUGGUAUAUAAAAAAGACCCACCCCCAAAAAAGAGAGUGUGGGGGUGUGUAUAUGUUGUCUAUACGAAGUUUACGUGCUUUUUUUGUGUAUGUGUGUGUCUGUGUGCGUCUGGGUGUUGGUAGAAUGAAAGAAAGAAGAUAUUGGAUGAGAGUGUACCAUGCUCUCUGAUUGGAUGGGUACGUUAAUAAAACAAUAUUUAUCCCUUCCAAAAGCAUUUGUUUAUAUUGUGGCUGUUAUUUUUUUUUCGUAUAGUAACACGAGACGCUACGCAUAUUUGCCUAUAUAUAGGCCGUACAUGUAACUACGAAUAUCAGUCUACGAGAUGAACUUCCCUAAAAAGGAUCGUAAGCGUAAGAGUGACAGUUCGUUCGGCGCACGGACUUCUUCUUCUUCCGAGCCUAUAGCCGUACUCGUACCAUCGAAUACGUCGUUUUCAGAUUCACCGUCUAUGCAACUGCAAACUAAAAGUAAACGUCGUCGAAGAGGGAAUAGAAGUUCGUCGAUUGAUUUGAAUGAAGAAAAGGUUAAUUCAUUGUUUCUCAAGAAAAGAAGUUUGACGAGAUGUGCUAAGCAGUAUGGAAGCGUAUUGCCAAUCUUCGAAGAACUCCCAUCGGAUUGGGAUAUGCUAACUUUUAAAAUAGUGAUGCCUAACAACAUUAUAAAAGAUUUAAUUCAUUUAACAGUCUUUUAUUCGACUCAGGAUUUUAUACCAGCAAUAGAUACGUCCAUGUAUCUACCAUACAUGGAUGUUAAGUUAAUUAGAGAUCUUCAAGAAAGAUCCGUUGCUAAAAGUUUGAUGGUAGUGCUCAAGAAAACCAUCGAGAAGUUAGACUCGAAGAUAUUGUUGCCACUAAGAAAAGAUAUGGAUAGAAGCAAAUUAUUUUACUACCGCUCUGGGAAGAAUAUUUCAAUUCAACCUAAUGUUUUGCAACCCAUUAUAUUAGAGAGUAUUACAGUUAUGAAACCAGUAUGGAAUAUUGGUUUUAAUCUAUUCAAUGGAUAUACAUUACCGUAUUAUUAUCCGUACAAAUAUAUAGCCACCAAGACUCACCGACCCACUGUUGGGAACAGUGCUAUGCUCGAAUAUUUUAUGAUACCAGCAUUAACGUCGCAGGAGGUCCGAAACAACAUCAAGGAAUUCUUACACGAAACUCCAUCUGAUCAACAGGACGUUAUGGUGAAUCAAAUCGUAGAAAGCAUCAAGACGGUUUGUACCCUUCCCAUGUUUACAACCGACGACGAUUUAUGGAACGUGUUUUCAAAAUUCGUCAUCAGUCAGAAAAACGAUUUGGAUUCCAUGAGCAGCAUUGUCGAAAGUAUGUGUGCAUAUCCAGCCAUUUGGGAACAACCACACGUGUACGCAAGCGGUGUGCGGAGUGUGAAUGCGCAAGUUCCUUGGGACUUUCUGAAGGAAUUUUUGACUAAUAUUUUUUUUUCGUGUAAAAAUGAGGGUAAUCAACUGGACACUUCUUUACUCGAAGCUUCUUUUUUCUUUUACGUCAUUUAUAGUGUAAUUCGAUACAGUGAUCCCAUGGAUUGUACCUUUAUUAUCGAAUGCACAAAUGUACAAGUAUUGGCAGAAUUCUAUUUGAGGAUGCGACCUAUACUAAAUCCCUUUAACAUGAAGCUGAAUACUCCAGCUUCCUUAUUUAUGGUGAGGCAUAACAUAAAGUCUAUCGUCGAUGCAAACUUUGGCACUGUCAAUGAGAACAUGAAACAUGCACAAGAAGGCAAACGCACUGCUGUGGGGUUCGCUCACGUUGCAAGGCAUACUAUUACAAAUCCAAAAACCUCUAAUAGAGGAAAUAAAAAAAGUUUCAUAUUUCAUCUUACGAAUUUUUGGGAAUCUGGUCAAGACGAAGCCUUUGCCAAUAGGUUCUUGCACCCACAAAUCUUCAUUGAUAUAAUGAGUACUCUUAUGAGUAUUUAUACUAAUACAAACGUUGAAGACAUUACGGACACUCGUCUACAUAUGUGGUCUAAACAAUGUCUUAGUGAAGUACUUAAUUCAAUCCGUAUAUUCACGAGAAUAAUGCCAUCAAGCAACAAUUGUGUCGCCGCUGCUGCUGCUGCUGCUGCUGCUGUUAAAAGCAAUGAGAAGGAAACACCUCAAACUUCUGCUGCAAUACAAGUGAUGUGA